AUGCGAGCGGGCUUGCUGCUGCCGAGGACAAGGGCGUGGACGAUCUUCGCGGUUAUGGUAUCACACGUGUUAUGUUACUUUUGGAAGCUGCUGCUACGGGUGGGUUGCUGCUUUUUUUCCCUUUUGCGGCGGCUUGAGAAGAGAGCCUCCCUUACCGUUGUUUUCGGCGAUAUCACAACUUGUUGGUGUAACUUACUCGAUUUACGCUGGUGA